CAAUUAUGCAUUAAUAAAUUCAGUUUAAAUCCAUCUUUUUGUCUCUCUCUCUCUAGAAUUAUACACGUACAAAACAAGUACCGUCGUGUGUGAACAUUUGAUGCUGGUCGUCGAGGGUGGCGGCUUCCUCACCUCCAAACACCUCAAUUGUCAAUCCUCUUUCCUCUCUCUUUCCACUUGGGAAGUUUCAACGACUGAUUUCGGAAUUCCAUGGUAGAAAUGGAGAUAAUUUCAUCACCGACUCGGAACGGAGCGAAAUCGGAGCAGCUGGCGGAAGCAGCUCCACCGCUGAAGAGGAAGCGGAACCUUCCUGGAAUGCCUGAUCCGGAUUCGGAGGUGAUCGCGUUGUCGCCGAAGACGCUGCUGGCGACGAAUAGAUUCGUGUGCGAGAUCUGCAGCAAAGGCUUCCAGCGCGACCAGAAUCUGCAGCUGCACCGGCGCGGCCACAACCUGCCGUGGAAGCUGAGGCAGCGCACGAGCAAGGAGGUGCGGAAGCGCGUGUACGUGUGCCCGGAGACGACGUGCGUCCACCACGAGCCGACGAGGGCGCUCGGCGACCUCACCGGGAUAAAAAAGCACUUCUGCCGGAAACACGGCGAGAAGAAGUACAAAUGCGAGCGCUGCUCCAAGAAAUACGCCGUCCAGUCCGAUUGCAAGGCGCACAUGAAAACUUGCGGCUCUCGGGAAUACCGUUGCGACUGCGGCACUUUGUUUUCGAGGAGGGAUAGUUUUAUCACGCAUAGGGCGUUUUGCGAUGCGUUGGCGCAGGAGAUUAGCCGUCCGCAGCCUGACAUAAAAGGCGGCGGAGAUGUUGAGCCCUCGCCGCCGCCUCCUGCUGCUUCCAGUCCGCCGCAACCGCCGCUGACUCCGUCUACUCGAGUGCUGUCUCCGGUGCUGUCCAUACAAAGUUCCGCUGGAUUGCCGGAGAAUCAUCAGACAAUCCACUUACAACCACCGCCAUCCACCGCCGCCGCCGUCCCAAGCAGCUCAUCCGCCUCGAGCAGCCACAUUCCCCCAAACGGAGGCGUUAUGCCUAUUAUGCUAAACGCAUCAACACCACCAGCCUUCUCAUCACCAGCUAUAUCACUCUCACUAUCAUCCCUCUUCCAAUCCCCAUCACAAAACCCCCCACGAUCACACUACGCCGCCGCGCACCAGCCGGCUCUCUCCGCCACCGCAUUGCUCCAGAAAGCGGCGCAGAUGGGCUCCACCUCCUCCAAAUCCUCCCUCCUCCACGGCCUCUGGCUAUCGGGCCCGACCCCGUCCGACUCUCCAACGCCCGACAACGACUGCAUCAAGCUCGAAAGCAGCUCCUUGGCAUCCGGCCUCGGCCUCGGCCUCUCCUCCGGUUUUACUGACCUCAUGAUAAGCCCGCCCACCACUCUUGAUUUCCUUGGGCUGGGAAUGCCGGCCGGUGAAGCCCCCUCCGAUGGCUUCUCCGCCUUCUUCAGCCGCCUUCAUCACAUGCCGCCGCCUGCCGCUCCCUUUGCGCCGGUGAGAGCGGCCGGAGACACUUGGGAUGAGGCGCAAGAUAGGAAGCCUUCCAUGCUAUAGCUGUUUCUUUUUGGGAAUCAUUUAUAUAUAUUUAUUUAUUUGGUUUUACUGAAAUUGGAAGAGUUCUGUCUCUAUGUUGUCAAUAUGCGUAGAAUCAUAAAUAGACAAUAAAAUUCAUAUUUUGGAAUGAA